UGGCGUCACGGCCGUAACUAGCAGUGGAUAUGUGUGACAUAUUUUCUAGUUUUAAAAUUAUUUAAACUUCAGUUUUCACGUCAGGAACUAUAUCAAAGUUGUGAAAAGUAUUACUCUGUAUGGAUUUAUAAUUUGUGUGUAAUUUAUUGUGCUUAAAGUGAAAUAAAUGUAAAACAUUUUGGAUUUGUAAUCGGCUUGUGUUACUGCCUACCCACAUGUGGCAUAAAGUUACGUUAAAUAAACCUUAGAUUCCUAUAUUGUGACUACAUUUGUAGUGUAUCCUUUUAAAAUAAAUAAUAGAACAAUUGGUGAAUUUAAAUGUAUUGAUUGAAGGACUUAAAAUUUAAUUUAAUUGACAUUGCAAAAAACAAAGUGUGUGUCCGCCAUCUAGUGACAUAUUCGGUGACUUACGUAAAUAGAUUGGAUUGGGAUAUUAUUGUAAUCAAUAUGGUUAACAAGUGCGGGAUAUGUGGGAAGUUCAUCAACCCUUUGGAUGGCAUAAAAUGUACCAAAUGUGAUGGACUGUAUCAUCAAGUUUGUUUAAAAUUGAGCCCUGGACACCAGGUCUCGAGUAAGUGGCGCUGCCGGUCAUGUAAGGGCAAUAAACUUGAUAACAAAGGCUCAUCUUCAAGUAGAAUGCAUAGCUGUGCCGACGGCCACACCGAUGAUAUCCGGGAAGACUUAAGCCCAUUACUGCAGGUUUCUUCUGGGAAUAUGGUGGAAGAGGUGCGCCAAGUGAUUCGGGCUGAAAUGUCAUCUUUUAGGGAUGAAUUGGCACGCAUUUGCUCGACAAUUUCUGACUUUAACAAUAGGGCAAAUGCUAUCGAAUCAAGAUUGUCUACUCUCGAGGACCAGUUGGCUGCCCGUGCAAUGGAUGAGGAGGUCAGGAUGUCUACCAUAGAAGAGCGACUGGCUGUCCGUGGGGUACGGGAAGAAAAUGUAAAUUUAAAUGGCAUUAUUUCCCAGUUACAAACCCAACUCAACGACCGGGAGCAGGAGUGUUUUCUUUGUGACGUGGAAAUAUCUGGGCUGGAAGAAAGGAGUGGUGAAAAUCUCAUUAAUAUGGUUAGUCUGAUCGGGAAGAAAUUAGGUGUGGAUCUAGAUGACAGAGAUGUGGUGUCAGUCGAGCGCUCAGGCCCGCGGCCUUCAGCGGUAGAGGGAGGCAGCCAGCAGCGAUCGCGUGUCGUCACUGUCAGACUCACCAGGCGUGCACUACGUGAUGAGCUCCUGCGAGCCGCUCGCGUUCGUCGCGGAGCAGACACCUCCGGUAUUAAUAGUGGUACACCUAGGCGAUUUUACAUAAAUGAGCGCCUUACUCGCUUAAAUAAGCAACUGUUCUACAAAGCCCGGGAGGAAGGGCGUCGUAAGGGUUGGCGAUAUGUCUGGACGAGUGGUGGUCGUAUCUAUAUUCGACGUGGGGCCGGCACCCCGGCGUACCGUAUUCGCUCAGAUAUGGACAUAGAAAAGUUUUUUGGAGACGCAAUUGUUUGAUUAUAGUGUGUAUACUUGUAUUUUUGCAGAAUAUCAAUAUUAGUAUUUUUUUGUUUCAUUACAAAUUUAUAAUAGCAGUAAUUAGUACUCAUAAAUACAUUUUGUUAUCGUCGUUUGUUUUUAUACUUGA